UACAGAUUUCUGGUUGCCCUCUUCCAUGCCAUUAUCACCUUCCACCUAACUUACUGUGGCCCCAAUGCUGUUAACCAUUUCUACUGUGAUGACCUCCCUCUCUUGGCUCUGUCCUGCUCAGACACACAUGUGAGGGAAGUUCUGAUCUUUGCCUUUGCUGGCUUUGAUAUGAUCUGCUCCUCUUCCAUUGUCCUCACCUCCUACAUCUUUAUCACUGCUGCCGUCCUGAAGAUUCACUCUACCCAGGGGCGACACAAGGCCAUUUCUACCUGUGGCUCCCACAUGGUGGCUGUCAUUGAUUUUUAUGGCACGCUGAUCUUCAUGUACCUACAGCCCAGAUCCAGCCACUCCCUGGACACAGACAACAUAGUAUUCUACAUGGUGGUGACCCCCAUGUUGAACCCCCUAAUCUACAGCCUAAGAAACAAAGAAGUGAGAGAUGCCUCCAAGAAAGCCUUGAAGAAAGGCUGUGAAACUGUAAAGAUGUUAAAAUUAAGAAAAUAA